AUGGAAGUGGAAGGGUUCCGGGGAGCCCCCAGGUUCCUGGCCUAUCCACGGGCCUUCACAGUGCAAAGUGGUGCUGAUGCCGUCCUGAGCUGCCAGAUUACAGGUGACCCCCAGCCAAGCAUCCUCUGGGAGAAAGACAAGAUCCCGAUAGAGCCUGUGGGACGCUUCCACAUGGAGGCUAAGGGGGACCUGUACAGCCUGCUGGUGUCCCAUGCCACCCCCCAGGACAGUGGGCUCUAUGUCUGCAAGGCCAAGAACAGUGUUGGUGAGACCUAUGCUGCUGCCACACUCAAGGUGGAGGCAGGGCAGCCCCAGGAAGAGGAAUGCUCAGGUGGCGAGGCGCCCACCUUCCUCAUUGCCCCCUCAUCCACACAAGUGUGCCGGGGGGAGGAUGUGAUGUUUACCUGCAGGGUGUCUGGGCAACCCUGCCCAGUGCUGGACUGGGAGAAGGAUGGGCACAAGCUGUCUGACCUCUUCGAGAGCAGCCACUUCUUGGUGGGGCAGGAGCCGGAGGACUGGCACUUCCUGAAGCUUUUUGGUGCCCGGCCCCCGGAUGCGGGGGUCUAUGUGUGCCGGGCACGCAGUGGCUCCCGGGAGGCCCUGGCUGCUGCCAUGCUCCUGGUUGAACCCCGGGCACCACUGGAUGGGCUCCCCAAUGGCUCUCCUGCUGACGGCCCCGAGCUGCUGGCAGAACAGAAGCAGCGGCGGCACGUGACGGGACAGCACAUGGGACCCGAGACCCGUGUGCCCAACGGCACAGUGCUGGCUGGGGCACUGGGGGCCAAGGCGUUCGCUGUGAGCGUGGGGAAGCACGCCAAGUUUCGCUGCUAUGUCACUGGCAAGCCCAAGCCAGAGAUUGUCUGGCAGAAGGAUGGCAAGUCCCUCGUCCCCAGCCGCAGGCACCUCAUCUAUGAGGACCGUGAGGGUUACUUCAUCCUCAAGGUUCUGUACUGCAAACCCCAGGACCAGGGCCUGUAUGUCUGCACCGCGUCCAACACUGCUGGCCAGACCCUCAGUGCAGUUCAGCUCCAGGUGAAAGAGCACCGGCUGCGCUUCCAGGUGCAGUUGGCAGAUGUGGAAGUGGCAGAGCGGGAGGAUGCUGUGCUAGAAUGCCAGGUGCCACUGGAGACCAUCCCCACUGCCUGGUACCUGGAAGACAGGGAGCUGCAGCCCAGCCACAAGUACAUGAUGGAGGAGCGAGGUGUGCUGCGGCGCCUUACUAUCCGCGACGCCCGCACUGACGAUGACGGCAUCUACCUCUGCCAGAUGAAGGACAAGGGACGCAGUAUUGCUGAGGUGUCCGUCCGAGGGGUGAUCACAAAGCGGCUGCCACGGAAGCUGGAUGUGAUGGAGGGGGAGAACGCAGUUUUCUGUGUGGAGACGCGGGAUGCGGUGGAGGGGAUCUGCUGGAGCCGGGAUGGGCAGCAGCUGCAGGAGUCACCCUGCACCGUGCUGAAGAGCUUUGGCAGGACGCACCUCCUGGUGUUGGUGCAUGUCACCCGCCAGGAUGCAGGCAUCAUCUGCUUCACCACUGGGGAAUCGCAAACGUCCUCACAACUCCGGGUCAAGUGUGUGAAGCACGACCCCCCGAGUGCACCGGUGGCAGCCGAGAUGAGUGUGGCAGAGAGCAACGCGGCGCUGCUGCGGUGGUGCCCCGCGCCCGACGCCCACCUCCGCCCCCCCAGCUGCUACCUGCUGGAGCGUAUGCUGUGCUGCAGCAUGCUGCUGGCUGGUGCUGCCCCGGCUGAGUCCAGCUGUGCUCCAGCCCCAGCAGCUCGCCUGGAGAGGAGUCUGCAGGAUGUGUGGGUGCGGGACGGUGAGGAUGCACAGUUCUCCCUGGAGUUGUCAGCCAUGGUGCAAGGCACUUGGUUCCUCAACGGUGCCAGGCUGGGCGAGGACGAGGAGGCAGGAGGCCAGUGCAGUGUGCGGCGCUGUGGGACAGAGCACUCGCUGCUCAUCCGGAGAGCACGGCUGGCAGACAGUGGGGCCCAGGUCACCUUCACAUCUGGUGGCGUGCGGGACUCGGCUACGCUGCACGUUCAAGUCUCCCAGGUCCACAUCACCCCAGUGCCUGAGGCUGAGCAGCUCCGGGAGGUGCCAGUGGGGCUGCCUGUGCUGCUGGAGUGCCAGGUGUCCCCCCCAGAUGCCCCUGUCUGCUGGCUGAAGGACGGCGAGGCUGUGCCCCUGGAUGGUGUCAUUGCAGUGCAGGCGGAGGGCUGUGUGCGCAGGCUGCUCCUCCGCUCAGCGGCUCCCUCAGACACCGGAACCUACACCUGUAACACCGGGGAUGAUGCUGUGAGCUUUGUGGUGACUGUGACUGAGGCACCAGUGAGGAUCAUCGACUCCAACGAGGAGGCCCCCCACGCCUACACGGCCGGGCAGCGUGUGGAGCUGUGGUGCCAGCUGUCUCGCCCGGCAGCCACAGUGCGCUGGUACAAGGAUGGGGAGGAGGUGGAGGCGAGUGAGAGCCUGGUGCUGGAGCAGGAGGGGCCACGGUACCAGCUGGUGCUGCCCUGUGCCCGGCCACAGGAUGCGGGGGAGUUUGUCUGUGAUGCUGGUGGGGACUCUGUCUUCUACACCAUCACUGUGGCAGAGGCACCAGUGAGGAUCAUCGAGUCCAAUGAGGAGGCCCCCCACGCCUACACGGCCGGGCAGCGUGUGGAGCUGUGGUGCCAGCUGUCUCGCCCGGCAGCCACAGUGCGCUGGUACAAGGAUGGGGAGGAGGUGGAGGAGAGUGAGAGCCUGGUGCUGGAGAAGGAGGGGCCGCGGUGCCGGCUGGUGCUGCCCUGUGCCCGGCUACAGGAUGCGGGGGAGUUUGUCUGUGAUGCUGGUGGGGACUCUGUCUUCUACACCAUCACUGUGGCAGAGCCACCAGUGAAGAUCCUGCACCCUCUUCAGCGCUCGCUGGAGGUGCUGGUGCAGGCGCCGGGGCGUGUGGAGCUGCAGUGUGAGCUUUCUGUGCCGGAUGCUCCUGUGCGUUGGUUCAAAGAUGGACUGGAAGUGGAUGAGUCAGACAACCUGCUGCUGCUGGUGGAGGGAGCCAGGCGCUGCCUCCUCAUCCCCAGGAGCAGUGCAGAGGACAUGGGCGAGUACAUCUGUGAAAGCAAGGAUGAGGCCGUCUCCUUCGAUGUCAAGGUGUCAGAGCCACCAGUGAGGAUCCUGCAGCCCCUCAGACCUCCCCCCAUGGUAACAGUAUUCCGGGGGGAGACAGUGACGUUGGGCUGUGAGCUGUCCCGUGUGGAUGCACCUGUGCACUGGACCAAGGAGGGCAUCAGACUGGAGGCUGGGGGCAGCCUGGUCCUGGAGGAGGAGGGUGCCCACCGCCACCUGCUCAUCCCCAUGGCCCAAGCUGAGCACUCUGGAAAAUACGUCUGUGAUGCCACUGAUGACACAGUGACCUUCACCGUGAAAGUGUUGGACCCGAUGGUCAGGAUCCUGGAGAGGGAUGUCCUGCCAACCCAUCAACACUGCCGGGCCAUGGAGGACCUGGUGCUGGAGGUGCAUCUCUCACAUGCCCAUGGGGAGGUGAAGUGGUACAAGGAUGGGGAGAAACUGCAGGACACAGGGCGUGUGCGGCUGGAGGAGGAUGGGGCACGCCGCUUGCUCGUUGUCCUGGGUGCCACAGGCAGGGACGCAGGGGAGUACCUCUGCGACACCGGCGAUGACAGCAUUGUCUUCUUUGUCACUGUGGAAGUCCCAGAACCACCAGUGACCAUUCUGGGUAGCACUGGUGCUGUGGAGCAUCACUGCCUGGUGGCCGGGGAGGACCUGGUGCUUGCCUGUGAGCUCUCCCGACCUGAUGCCAUCGUGCGCUGGCUCAGGGAUGGCCAGGAGGUGCAGCCGGGUGAGCGGGUGCAGGUCGAGGCCCAUGGGGUGCUGAGGCAGCUCACCAUCCAUGGGGUACAGCCCAGCGACUCAGGGCGCUACAUCUGUGAUGCUGCCAGUGACCGUGCAGUGACAAGUGUGGAGGUGUCAGCCCAGCCUGUGCGCAUUGUCAACAAGGAAGAGGCCCAGAGCCCAUUGGAGGUGCUGGAGGGGGACAGUGUGACGCUGGUGGCCCGGCUGUCCCCAGAGACAGCAGUGGGACAGUGGCAGAAGGAAGGACAGAUGCUGUGCUCAGGCGGGCGGCUGCUGGUGUGCAGCGAGGGCCCAGCAUGCAGCCUCACCAUCAAGCAUGUGGAGCUGAGCGACAGCGGCAUCUUCCUCUGUGAUGCUGGUGAUGAUGAAGUGCAUUUCAUGCUGAAUGUGAAAGAGGCACCCGUGCUGUUUGUGAACAAGCAGGAGGAGCAGGAGAAGCUGCUGGUACUGGAGGGUGGCAGUGCUGUGCUCUCUGCCGUCACCUCCACGGAGCGAGCUGAUGUCACCUGGCUGGGCCCACAGCAGGUGGCAGUGGCCACCGACCGCUGUGAGCUGCGACAGGAUGGCCGAGUGCACAGCCUUGUCCUCCACAACGUGGCCAAGGAGGACGCUGGUGUCUACACCUGCGUCUCUCCCCAUGAUCGGAUGCAGUUCGACAUGAGCGUCCGAGAGCUGCAGGUGAAGUUCCUACGUGGGCUGUCAGACGUGCGUGCACGGCAGGGCGAGCGGGUAGUGCUGUGGUGUGAGCUCUGCAAGGCGCGGGGUGACGUGGUGUGGCGGAAGGACGGGCAGGUGCUGGCACCUGGGCCCCAUCGGCAGAUGAUGGUGGAGGGGCGAGAGCGCUCGCUGGUGCUGAGCCGCGUGGGGCCCGAGGAUGCUGGCGAGUACUGCUGCGAGUCCAACGACGACCGGACGCUGGCAAUGCUGACAGUGCAGGUUCCCAGGGUGGUGGAGAUCAUCAUGGAGCUGCAGAGCCUGAUGGUGCUGGAGGGGGAGGAUGCCACCUUCAAGUGCCUGGUGUCCCCCGAGGACGUGGCUGUGACCUGGCAGCUGAAUGGCCAGCCUGUGGUCCCCAGUGAGCGGCUGCUGGUGAAGAAGAGUGGGAUGUGCCACAGCCUCACACUCCGGCAGUGCCAGCCAGGUGAUGCAGCCACUGUGACAGCCAAUGCCGAGGGGCUGGGGAGCAUGGCCCGGCUGAGCGUGCAAGAGGCGCAGGUGCUGUUUGUGCGUAAGCUGCAGGACAUGGUGGCAGAGGAGCAGGGGGACGUGUGCCUGGAGGUGGAGGUGAGCCACGAGGCUGCUGAGGUGCAGUGGCUGAAGCAGGGUGUCCUCCUCCAGCCGGGCAGCAAGUACCAGCUGCAGGAGUCAGGGUGCCGGCGCACCCUCACCAUCCACUGCCUUGGCCCCGCUGACCGCGGCACCUACCGCUGCGAGAGCCUGCAUGACCGCACGCAGGCCAGGCUCUGCGUGGAGCCCCGAAAGGUGUCCAUCCGGACAUCGUUGGCAGACAUGGAGACCUUCGAGAAGGAGACAGCCACCUUCCACCUGGAGCUGUCUCACCCUGAUGUGCCUGGGGUGUGGACACGGGAUGGGAUCCGGGUGAAGCCCAGCAGCACGUGCCGGAUCAGUGCCACAGGCUGCAGACACAGCCUGACACUGGAGAGGCUGGCGCUGGAGGACUCCGGCACCAUCACCUUCACGGCUGACACCCUGCGCUGCAGCGCCCGCCUGCUUGUGCGGGAGCCUCCAGUCACUAUGGUGAAGGUCCCACGGGAUCUGGGGGUACUGGAGACAGGGGUUGCCAGCUUUGAGUGUGAGCUGUCUCGCCCCAGCGUGGAGGUGAAGUGGUUCAAGGAUGGGCAGGAGCUGCGGCCAGGGCCCAACUGCCGCAUCUACUCGGCGGGUCGACGCAGAGUUCUGCAGCUGAGCCACUGUGAGCUGGCUGAUGCUGGCACCUACACCUGUGACACAGGCGACUGCCAGGCCUCUGCCACGUUGCACGUCCAGGAGCGCCAGGUCUCCAUCGUGCAGGACCUGCAGGACGCCCAGGUGCAGGAGGGUGACAACGCCGUCUUCACCUGUGAGGCCUCGCAUGGAGACAUAAAGGGGGAGUGGCUCCGGGAUGGAGAGAAAAUCAAGGUCUCCAGCAUGGUGAAGAUACGGCAAGAAGGGACCCGGCAUUUCCUGCUGCUCUGCAGUGUGCGCCCCGAGGAUGCAGGACUCAUUCGCUUUGUGGCUGGGAUGGUAUUCUCAGAGGCCAGCCUGCGGGUGGAAGCACUGCCCAUCCGUAUUGUGAAGCCGCUGCGGGACAAGACGGUGCUGGCCCGGCACAAAGCAACACUGGAGUGCACCGUGUCCCACGCCCGGGGCCGGGUGCGCUGGCUUCGUGGGGACACAGAGAUCUUUGCUGGUGACAAGUACGAGAUCUGCAACCUGGACUGCUACCGCACACUCAUCAUCCACCGCGUGGGCCCUGAGGAUGAGGACUCAUACACCUGUGAUGCCUUCGAUGACCGCUCCACCGCCCGGCUCCUUGUGGAGGGUGAGGGGGCACCCACUGAGGGGGGACCACUAGGGGUUGGUGGGAGCUAA